AUGGCACGGGUCAUCGUCUCUGGGACCUUGGGCUCCAUUUUCGUGGGCAUGAGCGGCGCCUCAAUAGGCGCCAUGAUCUUUGAUACCGCCACAAUCCCCUUUGUGGUGUCGGCCUGUGCUGGCUUCAUUCUCGGCGCCGUGGGCUUCUACCGCGAUGCCGUGCGAAAGUCGCAGCGGGCACUGGAUCGAUUCCCGCAAUUGCUCCAGCUGCAUCUGGACUCCAACUUCCCACACCGUGGCUUUGACACCUGGGACGCUUCGCGAUUUCGGAGCCGUGUCUUUGGGGGCAGCUGGGUGUUGCAGAGCAUGCUGGUUGCUAGCUGGAUGACGGCAACGGGCGCAAUUGAGGUGAGAUCGCCACAUCCAUCCAUCCACAAUAUCAGGGUUCCGCGAGGCAGAAGGUUUCAUGUGUGA